UUUAUCAUCAAAUCCACAUAUAUCAAUCAACUCUUUUUUCAAUAUGCCUUGCAACAUCUGCUGUCCUGCUGCUUCGCAAGCCUGUACAAAGACUUCUACUCUGCAUCUCAGUCUUCUCAAACUACCUGUUCCAGAAGUUCUGGAUAAUGGAGAGGAUUCAGUCAAUGAUGAAAUGGAGGAGCAGAUGAAUGAGAAGAAUAUAGAGACUCAGUCUGAGAAUCCUUGAUAUCCGCGAAUUCCUACACCUGAGCCUGACAUCUCAUACAGAUUAAGAAGAAGAAUUAGAAGAAUGAA